CUCUCUCUCUCUCUCUCUUAGCUGUUCCUCACUGUAGCCCUUUGGCCCCGCCCCCACCCCACCCACUCUCUCGCGAUUUUCUCCCCUUCUUCGUCUUCUUGGUAUAUAUAAAACCUCUACGAACCAAAUCAGAAGGUUCUCUCUUUUGAGAGUCUUCUCCUCUUUCUACACUCUUGUUUACUAGAUCAGCAGCUCAAAAAUGCCUGCUUGGUGGGGAAGAAAGAGCAGCAAGAACAAAGGAGUACAGCAGCAACAGCAGCAGCAGCAAUUUAUAUACAACAACCCAGUUGGCACACACCUAAAUCUAUCCAAAUCCUCGAUCAGCAAUGACAACACCAAGGGCAAGGGCAAGGACAAGGACAAGGAAAAGCCGACGAGCUUCGACGAGCUCUUCUCGCGUAAUUCGCCGCGUACCAGCAAGGACUUCGGCGGCUCCUCCGGGUUUUCGGGUUUUGAUUCGGACAGCGCUGGGAGGGUAAGUCAUCCGCUACCUCUGCCGUCGACUUCGUCCGUGAAUGAUCAUAUCCCUGGGUCUACGCUGGGGUUGGGAUCCGGGUCGGGCUCGGUUUCGAGCGUGAGCUCCGAUGGGUCCUCUGAGGAUCAGCUGGUUGCUCAGGAAAAUGGUCAAUUCGGUAAUUUCAGGGGACAUGGUGAUACCAAGUUCAUCAUGAGGUCAAGAAGCCCCGGUCCAGGGUCGAGGGGGCCCACAAGCCCCACAUCACCUCUUCACCCAAGAUUAUGUGGCUUAAAUUUGGAGUCUCCAACAGGAAAGCAAGAAGACGGGAAGAGUCAAUCUCAUCGUCUACCUCUUCCUCCAGGUUCUCCUACUAGCCCUUCUGCCUUGCCCAACACAAGAACAAGUGGAAGCAUGGAAUUCACAACUUCUACAAAGUCCCAAUGGAAGAAAGGAAGGCUUCUGGAGGGGACUUUUGGCCAUGUAUACCUCGGAUUUAAUAGUGGAAGCGGGCAAAUGUGUGCAAUAAAAGAAGUCAGGGUUGCUUGCGAUGAUCAGACAUCAAGAGAAUGUCUCAAGCAACUAAACCAGGAGAUAAAUUUGCUCAGUCAGCUUUCACAUCCAAACAUUGUGCGAUACCAUGGAAGUGAAUUGGGUGAGGAAACACUUUCAGUUUAUUUGGAAUAUGUCUCUGGUGGCUCAAUCCAUAAAUUACUUCAAGAAUAUGGUCCAUUUAAGGAACCUGUUAUUCAAAACUAUACCAGGCAGCUUAUUUCUGGGCUUGCCUACUUACAUGGAAGAAAUACAGUGCACAGGGACAUCAAAGGGGCAAACAUUUUGGUAGAUCCUAAUGGUGAAAUCAAGUUGGCAGACUUUGGCAUGGCCAAACAUAUAACAGCUUGUGCCUCAAUGCUUUCUUUCAAGGGAAGUCCUUACUGGAUGGCACCUGAGGUUGUUAUGAACACAAAUGGAUACAGUCUGGCCGUGGACGUUUGGAGCUUGGGAUGUACAAUUCUUGAAAUGGCAACAUCUAAGCCACCGUGGAGCCAGUAUGAAGGGGUGGCUGCAAUAUUCAAAAUUGGAAACAGCAAGGAUGUCCCUGAAAUCCCUGAACACCUUUCGAAUGAUGCAAAGAAUUUUAUCAAGUGGUGCUUGCAACGAGAACCAUCAGCACGGCCUACAGCCGUGCAAUUACUAGAUCACCCUUUUAUUCGAGACCAGGCAACAAAUAGAGUAGCAAAUAUGAAUGUGACCAAGGACGCCUUCCCUUACAUGUUUGAUGGAAGCCGCACACCGCCAGUAUUAGAACUCCAUUCAAAUAGAACGAAUAUCACUUCAAGUGAUAGAAAUUAUGCAACGAUGCCAGUAUUUCCCACAAGAGCUAUGAAAAGCCCAAGGGAUAGUAUAAGAGUGAUUACAUCUUUACCUGUAUCACCCUGUUCAAGCCCAUUGCGACAUUAUGGAACUGGACACAAGAGCUGUUUCUUAUCUCCUCCUCACCCAACUUAUGCUAUUAUGGGACAAAUUGGCAAGAACUUGAAUGAGUACUCGUCAUAUACAACGAUUAGACCGAAUGCAACAUUCGCCCUUGAACCUUGGCAGGAGAUCUCCCCAUACAGCAUUCAUACCCCCAGUGGAUCACCAAGAACAAGACCUAUUUGAAUAUGUAAAUACCAGCAAAAGAAUUAAUCUUCCUUAGUCACUCCAUAAUGGUAUAUGGAUUAGAGCCACACUUCUGUAUUUGGAGGAUCUAGUAUUCAUGCUCCUUUCAUCUUUUCAGACAGUUUGGCAGCUCUAUUUGCUCACUUCUUUUAGGACGAGUGGAUUCUUUAUGCACGGGGUGCUUGAAGGGAGCAGUAAGAGCACCAAAAUUUCAUUGUACGGGGGAGCUGAUGCUGGAUGUACUGAUCUUGUAACAAUAUAUUGAUAUUUGUAAAUGGAAGGUGGGUCACCUUGUUUGUAACAUGUCAUUUAUAAUGUAUAUUACUCCCAAGGCAUAAGAUAAGUGGUUAUUCUUCUA